AUGGAUUUAUUACUAUCCAUUUUUGGAACCUGCUUACCUUGCUUCCCAACGUUAUCCUCGCCAUCAAUUGUAAUAAAUAACAACAAAUACCGCAUCAUCAGACUAUUGGGCGAAGGUGGGUUUUCAUAUGUCUACUUGGUAUCUUCUCAAAGUCAAUCAUCAUCUCAAUAUGCUUUAAAGAAAAUUCGCUGUCCUUAUGGAGUCCAGGAUGACAGUUUUAAAAACGCCAUCAGGGAAAUUAGGAACUAUCAUCGAUUCAAAUCACCUUACAUUAUUUCAACUAUCGACGAAUUAAUACAACUGGAAACUGACGGGUCAAAAAGUAUUUAUAUUCUAUUGCCAUUUUUCCAAAAAUCUUUGCAAGAUAUCAUCAAUGAGUUGGUUUUAAACAAUUCAAGAAUGGACGAAUCAGAAAUCCUAAGGGUUUUCAUUGGGACUUGCCGUGGAUUGAAAGUCAUGCACAACUACAAAAAAACAGCAACUUCAACGACACGAUUGGAUGAUGAUGAACAAGACGUAUUAUUACCAACCAGUGAAGAUGACGAAUAUGAGGAUUUUACCAACAGCAAUGAUAAUAGCAACACUGUCCAGAUGCAAGAGUUGGUUCCAUUUGCUCAUCAUGACUUAAAGCCAGCGAAUGUAAUGUUAUCUGCUGAAGGUUUACCAGUACUCUGUGACUUGGGAUCGUGUUCAAGAGCUAGAAUAUCUGUUCGCAAUCGUCAACAAGCAUUGACUGUGCAGGAGUUUGCCCAAGAACACUGCACUUUACCAUAUAGAGCUCCAGAGUUGGUUGAUGUUGCCACUAAUUGUGAAAUUACUGAAAAGACAGAUAUUUGGUCAUUAGGAUGCUUGUUGUAUUGCUGUUGCUUUGGCUAUUCUCCAUUUGAGAAACUAGAGAUUGAACAAGGAGCAAAUUUGAACUUGGCAAUCCUACAAGGGAACUACGAAAUACCGAAAGGCAAUAAUGGCUACAAUCUAAAAUUAAUGGAAUUGAUAAAAAAGUGUUUACAAUUAAAUCCUGACAGUAGACCUGAUAUAGACGAAUUGCUAAAUGACGCCUUGGAAUUAACAAGACAAUUGGGAGUAUAA